UGCAAUGGACAUGCAUAGAUAAUGAGACCUGGGAACAUGACAUAUACACACACACGCACACACAGAUAUAUGAAGACAUAAACCUGACUUUAAUGGUCUUGAAGUCAUAUGUUCUCUUCAGCUCUUGGGGUGAAGGCUUGAGUCCAUCACUGGGCGGUCCAUCCUUUAUCCCUGACAGCUGGAUCCACAUCCUCUCCAGUGUGGAGGUUCCUUCCCAUCCAUGCACAUGUGGGUCUACACUGGGAUUUGGUUCUGUCCAGAUGAGCCCACAGAAGACAAACCUCUGACAGUUUAUAGAGAAGGUUUGUGGAGUUCUGCUGCUUCUGCCAAACAACCAACAGAAACAUACACCACAGCGAUUCAGCAGGACAAAGAAAAUACUGAACUGAAGAACAAGAACAGGCACCUCACAUCUGGACUGAGGAGCAGAACCCGUCUCAGCAUCAUGUACGGUGCAGUGCAUGUGCAUUACUCAUCUGUGCCUUCACACUAAUGGGUCCCAUUUGCACACAAAGUGGUGAAAAUAGUUCUUUCCUGUUCACUGCUGAAGACCAAACCACAAAGGAAGGAGGACGGUUUAACACCAGAGAUGGAAACACAGUGUUUGUCACAUCAGUGGGGGGUAUGAUGGGACAGAUGACACCUCUGCUCUUGAUGCUCCUGCUGUGCUGCAGAUCAAACCACGCCUCAUUAAAGGUGAGUCCAAACUGGUCCCAGUUUUUCAACUGGGAAUCAGUGUCUCUGAGCUGUGAGGACGAAGGACCUGGAUGGACUCUGAGGAGGAACACCAGCACAGACACCAGGGCUCAGUGUGACCUUUGGGGAGAAGAGACCGGACCGUCCUGUACCAUGGCCUACAUCACCCCUCUGGACAGUGGUGUGUACUGGUGUGAGUCCUCAGAGGGACAGACCAGGACCAGCAUCAGCCUCAGUGUGACAGGUGGACCGCUGGUCCUGCACAGUCCUGUCCUCCCUGUGAUGGAGGGACAGGAAGUGUCUCUGCACUGUCGGACACACCCUCCCUCCAACCGCUCAGCUGACUUCUAUAAAGAUGGAGUCUUCGUCGGCGCCGGGCCCGCGGGUCACAUGACCAUCCCCCAGGUGUCACUGGCUCAUCAAGGCGUCUACAGGUGUGACAUCACAGGAGUUGGACAGUCUCCGCCCAGCUAGAUGUCCGUCUCAGGUAACCCCACCACCACACCUGCUCCUGCUCCGUCCUCCUCACAUCCUCCUCUGUCUCCAUAUGUCCAGUACCUGCUGAUGUCCGUCCCAUCCCUCUGUGGUCUCCUACUGAUACUGGUUCUGCUGGUUUUCCUGGUGAGACGCUGUGUCCAUCGACGAACACUCAGAGACGUCAGCCAGUCCGAUCCAGAUCCAGUGAGUCCAGCAGAAGACCUCAUUUAUGGACAGAUCGUCAUCAGAGAGAACUGCAGGAAGGUCACAGAGGUUCCAGAUGAUCAUCAGGUGGUGUAUUCCAGUCUGAGGUAGACCUGGGUUUGUCCAGUCCACCUGGUCCUGCUCAGACCUUGGACCUCCAGGAUCAGGACUGACAGUUCCAUGGUCUGGUUCCUCACUGCUGCCACCUUCUGCUCAUCUGUGGUUUACGUUCAUUCAACCCCCAGUCAGGACCAUCUGGAACUGGGACCAUCUGGAACUGGGACCAUCUGGAACUGGGACCAUCUGGAAAUGGGACCAGGUCCUGGUGGAGGUUAAAGAUGGUGGACUUCAGAGACAGUUCUAAGUCUUAAAGGAUGGAGUUCAGGUUGAACGUGUGUGUUUGUGUUGUAGUGAAUUCAAUGUGAAGGAGCAGAGGACGGAGGACACUGCCCUGUGGGACGCCACACCCCCUUCCACAGGGGUUUACCUGGUCCAGGUGGUUCACAGCUGUCACCUUUGUCUUUAUUAAUCUGAUUACUUUAUUAAUCUUUUUUUUUUUUUUAAUAUUGGCCUUAAUAUUUUCUCAGAAGCCCAUAUUUGAUCAGUAGUGUUGGUGUUUUCAGAUGUUCGCUCAGGCACCUCCUGUGGGCAGCUCUGGAGGUUCAGUAAAUGUGUGAGCAGUA